AUGUUUAUCCAGCCAAUAGUAUCAGGAAAGAGAGUUGGAAUAGUAGGGUUGGGAAGAAUAGGGUUGGAGGUGGCACAUAGGCUUGAGGCCUUGGAGUGCAUGGUAUCCUACAACUCUAGGAAGCAGAAACCCUUUGUUCCAUACCCUUUCUAUUCUACUGUUCUUGAACUUGCCACUAACACCGAUGUCCUUGUUCUCUGUUGUUCCCUCAAUGACCAAACACGCCACAUGAUCAACAAAGAAGUCAUGCUGGCACUGGGAAAAGGAGGAGUUAUUGUCAAUGUGGGAAGAGGAGCUUUGAUAGAUGAAAAACAACUCAUCAACUGUUUGAUGGAAGGUGAAAUUGGAGGUGCUGGUUUGGAUGUCUUUGAGAAUGAGCCUCUUGUUGAUGAACACUUCUUUUCCUUGGAUAAUGUAGUUCUAUCACCACAUGCAGGUUUUUCCACUUUAGACUCUUAUCUUGCUAUUUGCCAACUUCUCGGACGUAAUUUGGAAGCUUUUUUCUCUAAUAACCCUCUCAUUACUCCUGUCAUUUAGCUUCUUUCAAUUUUACUUCUUUCCUGUUCAGAACACAGUAUCAUGUAAUGCUUCUACCCUUUUCUA